AUGGCUAGUCAAGAUACGGCACUGCCAACACCGGAAACCCAAGCCACCGGACCGACCAAGAAUGGCUACCACUCCGAGCACGAAAAAGGCGAACAAGCUCACAACCAGAAGAUGUUAAAUCUCAACGAGCUUGCCCCAGAACUGCAAACCAAUAUAGUGAAGCACAUUCAUCGACCAUCGGACCUCAAAAGUCUCUGCCUCACUUCGAGGCGACUUUACGAUGCCGCGACCAAGCAGCUGUAUCAAUCUGUCAACCUCGAGAUCGGUCGAAGGACAGAUCUGAGACUAGGUGCCAUGCUUCAUCCCGGCAAUGCAGGACUGAAGCAGAUCAGGAUCUUGCGGGUUCAAUUCAAUCCUCAGCACAUCGACCUCUCCGAGAUUGAUAAGUUACGCGUUGAAAUGGUCGUCCGAAUGCUGAUCGACUCUCUGCCCGAGAACAUUCUCGAAGACUUUGAGUGGUCUCCUUGGCUCGCCUUUGACCAAGAAACGUUCCUUAUCUUGCUCGACCGCCAGAAGCGACUACACUGGCUGACCGCCUUCAGACUCGAAGGAACAAACGCUGUGGAGAAGCUUGAGUCCAAGUCAGAUGAACAUGCGAGCCUCUACAAGGAUUGCGAAAAGCUCGCAAUUUACCCGGACUCUUUGCCCACUCUGGAGCUUGGUCAGUUCUUUCUGUCGAAAAUAUCAACUCUGACUGAACUAAUCAUCCAUACCAACUUCGCUCACGGGCCGGUACAUUAUACGACAAGAGAACUUAACGACAGCCCUACAGGCCCAGGACUGUUGAACAAGGCUCUGUUCCGCCAUCUACUUCCAUUUGACAAGAUCACUAGCCCUCCGUUUGCCCAUCUCAAUUCCCUGCGUUUGGUGGACGUGGGUCUCCGAUAUUGUGCAGACACAUACGGCCGCCUUAUUGACUUCACGCAAAUCGUGACCUUGCGGAUCGUCAAAUGUUCAGGAGCAGAUGCGCUACUUUCGCUGCUCUGUAAGAGCGCGUACCUGCCUCGCAAGUUGCGCUGCCUGGAAGUUCAGCACAGUGACAAUCAGGAUAAUGAUGCCCUCACAGCCGUGGAUGAUUUCUUGUGUCUCGUCGAGGGCAUUGAGGACCUUUACCUUGAUUUGAAUAAUGUCAAGUCCAUGCCAAAUGUUGAUGGUAUCAUCAAACAUAACAAGACUCUUGAGGUACUCUUGGUACACGCCUCUGAGAGUUCGAACGAGGAACUUGUCUGGGCUAGCGACGACUUUCAACGCCUCUGUUCAAGCGUGACGAGAUUGCGUCAACUCAGUUGUGCCUGGCCUGCAUCAAGCAUCCUCAGGACUAACAGUCCUUCCUGGGAUGUGUUCAAGCUCGGCAUCCGUUCGUUGUCUCGUCUUUUGACUUUGCACAUCAGUACAUUUCCCAGUUGCUCGCCUCUGAAGGCCAACCUCGAAAAGUCCAUGUAUACUGAGCUUCUACGCUGGCAGUCGACUCAGCUGUUCUUCUACACACCCCCUACAGCUUCCCACCUUACGCUCAUCGCCUUUGGAGUAUCUGACAAGAUUCCCACCCGUCAGGACAGCAACAACCAGCUCAUAUUCCUCCGCUCAACUCUGAUCAAUGCGGACGGUAGAAAUGAAUCAACAGCAGUGCCAGUCAGUUGGGCACCGAGACAGUACAUUGAGUCCAGGAGCGACGUCCUCGACUAUGAGCUCAGCAGACGCACAAAGAUGCCCAUCAGGGACUACCAAAACUACAUAGAUGAAGAAGAGGACGACGAUAUGGUAUGA